GAGCGAGAACUACUUCCUGUACACGUCGCUCUUACGGCGCUGCAGUGACACCAGCCAGGAGAGGAACAAGGAGAGGAGUUAUGGAGACUUUAGUCAGCCUGCCGUUUGCGGUGUUGGAAUGUCCGAACAUCAAGCUGAAGAAGCCGUCCUGGCUGCACAUGCCCUCCGCCAUGACCGUGUACGCCGUGGUGAUUGUGUCCUACUUUCUCAUCACUGGGGGUAUAAUCUAUGAUGUCAUCGUUGAGCCGCCCAGCGUGGGCUCAAUGACUGAUGAACAUGGUCACCAGAGACCUGUGGCAUUUUUGGCUUACAGAGUGAAUGGGCAGUACAUCAUGGAGGGUCUGGCAUCCAGCUUCCUCUUUACCAUGGGUGGUCUUGGCUUCAUCAUUCUGGACCGCUCCAAUGCUCCGAACAUUCCGAAACUCAACCGCUUCUUGCUCCUCUUUAUUGGCUUUGUAAGCGUGCUACUCAGCUUCUUCAUGGCCCGAGUGUUCAUGAGAAUGAAGUUGCCUGGAUAUCUCAUGGGUUAAAGCUGCACAAGGCCUUUUCGGUGGGACACACCACAGGCAGAAGGAGACAGAAGAAUGACGGCAUAUGAACAGAAAAUUACCUUCUGGAUCAGUGUGUUGAUGAUGAUUUUCUAUGUGUGUGUCUCAGAGAGUGAAAUACUUUGUAUCUUGUGUAUCCCCAUCCAAAGGGGCUACAGUUUGCAGGGUUUAGGUUUGCUAUAUUUUGUGCAAAAUUUGCAUAACUUGAUAGGGAAAGGUAUGCCAUGUGUAGCAGCUCUGUGUUAAAUGAUCAAAAUUGGUUUACAUAUGAAGUCAAUUACACGCUAUUUUAGAAAACUAGAAAUGCAUUUAAAUCUGGCCUGUGUGGGGGUUUUUUCUAUGUAAAGCCACAAUAAAAUUGAUUUAUACAACCCU